AUCUCGACGCCGGCAAGAUUAGGGGUAUCCAUUCCGCAAGCCACCACAGCAAUUUGACAACGCCGAUUUCAGCUUCCCCACGUGGGCUAUAGUCUCACUCGGCUUUCCGGAUACUCCAGAGGAAAAAAUGGAUUACGUGCAACAGCGCAUGGCGCAAGCCGCCGCCAACACCGACACAUCCUCGAGCACCCUUUUCACCCCGCUCAACGGCCUCCUGCUCUCCAUCCUCCUCUACACGGCCUACACCUUCCUGCUGCGCCCAUCCCCACCGCCACAGCUCCCCAAGGAAGAGCCGGCCGUGGUGUUCCGCACCUUCACGCCGCCCACCCUGCGGCCCUACAACGGCGAGGCCGGCAUGCCCGUGUACCUGGCCGUGCGCGGGCGCGUGUUCGACGUGUCGCGCGGCCGCAACUUCUACGGCCCCGGAGGCCCCUACGAGAACUUUGCCGGCCGCGACGCCUCCCGCGGCCUCGCCUGCGGCAGCUUCGACGAGGACAUGCUGACUAAGGACCUGGAGGGCCCGCUGGACAAGCUGGAGGGGCUCGGCCCGUCCGAGAUGGAGGCGCUGCAGGGGUGGGAGGAGCGGUUCGAGGAGAAGUAUAUGGUGGUUGGCAAGCUGGUGGCUGUUGGGGAGGAGGGCAAGGAGAACUGAAGGAGACUGUUAUAUGAUGAGUCGGUGGCAUCAGCGGGAGAAAGGGCGAUUUUAAUGCGGGAGUUGAAGGAUGGAGGGCAGGGCAUGCGUUAUGGCCGUCCCAGCAACAGAAAGACAUCGACAUGGUUAACUUAGACCCGGUACGUAACGACAAUAGACAAUCUACCCAGUUCCUCAUUCCCAAUACACACCUUCCCACUCCCAACAAUCACCCUCCCCUUCCCAUCCCUCACCAGCUUCUCGCCCCUCACAUACACACCCCAUCCCAGCCCCUUCACAACCCCGCCCUAAUCUCCGCCGCCGCCUUCUCCGCAAUCCCAUACACCGUCGCCAUCGUAUCGCCCCUCGUAAUAAACGGCAUCACGCUCGCAUCCACCACCCUCACAUUCCGCGUCCCAUACACCCUCAACCCCUC